UUUUAAUAAGAAUAACAAUAAUACAAUCGUAAAUUUGAAGAUAAGAAGAUACAUUUUGUUGAACUUGCUUAAUUUUUUAAUGUAUUUGAUUAUUGGGAAGCGUACAUUUCAUCGCUACAGGAACCAGUGUAUUUUUUAUUCAUUCAUAGUACAGUCUGUUUAUCAGCGGACGUAUUACAACUGGAUUCGGCGACAUCGCCAUGGAAGAGUUUUCCUCUACCAGUAGGUCGUCCGCGACAAUAAUAACAAAUUCGGAUACAGAUCCUCCAUAUUUUGCGUGCAAAUAUCCAGGAAAGUCAUGUUGUUUGUGUAACUUAACUGAGAGGAGUAACUUGGGCCAAGGGACCAUGCUUAAAAUCCCAGUGAACGCUGAUACUAUUAAAACCUAUAUGGAAACUCAGGAAUCUAUAAGAAGUGCGGAUACUGAUCGAUUUGCAGAUGAAAACUGUUUGAGAAAAAAGUCCAUUGCUAAGCCGGUUACCAUAAAUAGUGAAAUCAUUAACGAGUUAGACAUUAUUGGACAUGAGGAAAUAGCUACUUUGGAAGAUGCAUUUACACCAGAAGGAUGCUUUUUAUACGUUCACACAAUGUGUGGCAUGUGGAGUCUGCAAGUAAAACGAAUGGAGGAGGACUUUAUUCCAAAUUUUGAGGAUGUGGUGAUCAAAAGCCUGCAAGUCAAAUGUUCAUUCUGUACACGAUAUGGCGCUAGUAUUACUUGUAGAAUGAGCUGCCAGAAUAACUAUCAUCUGCCAUGUGCGGCGGCUUCCGCGUGCUUUUUGAUUAUUGAAUCUUUUCAGGCAUUUUGUGUUGAACACGUAAAUCAGGUGCCUUACAUUGCUGUUGAUACAAACAUUGAAUGCCGACAAUGCUUCACUUUAGGAGAUAUUUCCAAACUACUUAUGUGUUCUACCUGUGGAGCUCAUUAUCAUAACUACUGUGUAGGAUUAGCAAACUUUCCAGAUUCUCGAUCUGGAUGGAAUUGUCAGCAGUGCUGUAAAUGUCUGAUAUGCCGUCAAUCGGAUAAUGGCGAAAACCGUUCAGUGAAAUGCGAACAAUGUCAAAAAUUAUACCAUACUAAUUGUUUAAGGCCUAUUAUUUCUUCAGUCCCAAAGUAUGGCUGGAAAUGCAACAGAUGUCGCAUUUGCACCGACUGCGGUUCUCGCACUCCAGGAGGUGGAUCUUCCUCACGAUGGCAUUGUCAUUAUACAAUUUGCGAUUCAUGCUACCAGCAACGUAACAAGGGUUUUUAUUGUCCCAUUUGUCAUAAGGCGUACAGAUCUGCGUCGCACAAGGAAAUGGUGAAAUGCAAUAAUUGUAAUCGUUUUGUUCAUAGUACUUGUGAUGGUGAGGCCGAUCUUAGUGCAUACCACAUAAAAAAGGAAACAAAUCCCGACUAUGAUUACGUAUGCCCACCUUGCAAAUCGGGUAAACAUUUGGUGGGAUUUGGAGCCACUGAUCCUUUGUCGACGGAUGGGUUUCCGCGAGACUUGGAAUCAGAAUUUUAUGACAAAGAUACUUUAGAAAUUUCAAAUGCGGUAGAUCCCUUGAAAAUUUCUAAGAAAAGAAUCAAUCUGAAGGAUAUUGGGCGAGGUGGCAAAAUCGGAAAACUCUCCAUGGGUAAAGGAGGAGGUAUAUUCGGUCAAAUAAGUCGUAAACGCAGUGUGCGUGGAAAAGGACGUCCCCUAGCCAUGCUAAACUCAUCGUCAGCACAAUCGAACAUAGACUCAAACAAUGCUAUGGGUUCCGAAGAAGACAUGUCACUGGAAAAGAAGCCGAUUUUGUGCUCCGCAAAAGAUAAAUUUAUAUUAAUGCAAGAUGUUUGUGUUAUGUGUGGUGCUUUGGGCCAAGAUGCCUGUCUAAUAUCUUGCGCCCAAUGUGGACAAUGUUAUCAUCCGUAUUGUGCCAAUGUAACAUUAUCCAAAACCAUGCUUCAAAAGGGAUGGAGGUGCCUGGAUUGCACCAUUUGCGAAGGAUGUGGCCAAAAGGAUGACGAAGGACGUCUUAUAUUAUGCGAUGAGUGUGACAUAUCCUACCACAUCUAUUGUAUGAGCCCCCCUCUAGAUGCCGUGCCGAAUGGCAAUUGGAAGUGCAAUUUAUGUGCAUUAUGCCAAAAGUGUGGUCGCAACUCGCCGGGUAAACAUUCACAGUGGCUGAAUGGAUUCUUAGAAUGCGGUCCUUGUGCUAGCCAAGCGAAAUGUUUCGUCUGCUCCCAAUCAUAUAACGAAAACGAGUUAAUAAUACAAUGCAACAGUUGUGAAAGAUGGCUACACGGUCAAUGUGACAACAUCAAAAACGAGGAAGAUGUUAAACAGUUCACCGAAAUUGAAUAUCAGUGUAAAAUAUGUCGCAAGGACAACAAACAAGUUCAACCUAAAGCUAUUGCUAGCAAAGCGCCAUUGCCUGAGGCAUUGAAUAAUAAAGGACAAAACGCCACAAACCAACCCACCAAUGCUUCAUCAGUGGAUAAUGCAACCAGUGUUGCCACUUCUUCCACAACAUUACCGAUAACUGAAGCCGUGGAGACCACUGAUAACACGUUCUGCAUUGAUGGAGUUUGUGUCAGCGAACAUGGUUUCAAUAUGAUACGCAAUUUAACUACAGAAAUCAAAAAGAAACGCAAGCUUAAAUCGGAUCUAAAUCAAAAAGAUUCUGGCAUUAUGUCAGCUAUCGAUUCUGUUGUGGCAGGAAAUGCUGCUGGCCACGCUGGCGAUGGCAAUACACCUCUGGAUGGAAAUACUACGCCAACAUUUAAGGACGGAAUGGUGUGGUUGGGUGAAGAUGGCAGUCAGCCGGAAGGUUUUUCGAUUUCUACCAACGAAGAGGGUGUUAAUAUUCUGCGCAAGAAAAGACAGCGUAAUUUGCAGAAACUUGGCAUUGGUGGUUUCAAUGUGCGCAUACGCGGCUUGCGCAAAGAAACUGAAGAUAUCUACAUGGGUACUUUGGAGAAUCCUUCACUAACUGACGAAAAGAAGAAAAAAAUCAUUAAAAAGAAACUAAAAUCGAAACUUUGUGAAUCAUAUCCGGCCUAUUUGCAGGAGGCCUUUUUCGGCAAAGCUCUGCUGGAAAACAAAACUUCGGUUACCUUCGAUGAAUCCGAUUCUGCCGACGAAAUUUGUUUGCCACCCCCCAUACAGUCAUCUGCUCUACAGCAACCACAGGUUCUGGCUCCAACUCGUGUAAUUAAAACAGAACCAAACCAACAUACAGCUUUACAAACUCCCAUAGAAAGCUCCACAGCCUUGGAAGCGGAGAAAGUUGACGCGAGUCAACAAGGUGUACAAGGUAAUAGUUUGCUGACGCCGAACAAUCCGCUUAUAGAAGAAAAUCCUUUAAAUAUUAUGAAUACAGAAUGUAAUGCAAAUAAUAUUGCGACAGAUAACUGUGGGCUGAGCUCCAAUACGAACAUGGGCAUCAGUAAUAUAAAAAUGGAAAUGAGCCAAUGCUCUAAUGUACCCAUUGUGCAAAACACCAACAGCAAUAAAAUGUCAACGAAUAGCAAUCUAUUGGCCCAACAGAAUUUCAUACAUAACAGUUUGAAUGUAAACAGCAGUUGCCAGAAAAUGCAACCGCAACAACAGCAAAUGAUGCCCUACCAAACUUACGAUCAAAUGGGAAUGGUCAAUAAAAAUCCUGCCCAAUAUUUAACGCAAAAAUCUGAGGAUCCAAUGCUGAGUCAAGUAAAAAUUGAACGAGAUAAUAUGUUGUUAUCUCAAGUUGUCAAUACAAACGAAGGCGUUGUUUCGGCAGAAACUUCGGUAGAUAUUCCAAUUCCAAUUGAAGAGCCCGUCAAAGAACAAGCAGUAGCUGGCACCCAGAAGACAGCAGAAAAAAUGCGUAAAGAUGAAGACUUGGGGGAUAUGGCUACCAUAUCUGCUGUUUUAUAUGCCAAUACCCAACAUCCAGAACUGAAAAACUUGUAUCCAAAUUGGAAUGAACGUUGCAAGCAAAUACUUAAAAAGUGGCGCUCACUAUCAACGGAAAUGAAGGCUCCUUUUCUACAGCAAGCCAAAGACAAUCGUUCAGUUUUAAGGCUUAGAAGAACUCAACAGGAACCAGAAAAAAUAUAUUUCCAACAAAAAUCAUUAAAAGAGCAGGAACAGGAAAGAGUUUGGAAACAACAUCAAGCUAAAAACAAAGAAACUUAUGGUAGUAAAUUGAGUAAAGGUGCAUUUAUAGGUGACUUUAUGCGACCAGAAACAGUUACCACCGGUAACCCACCCCAAAAGCAACAACAGCAACAACAACCGCAGCAGCAGCAGCAAGUACAGCUUCAAGCACAGCCUCAACCAAUGUUUGACCUAAAUAUUUUAAACGAAGCUUCCAAAAAUAAACAAUCAAAGCCUAUGUUACACGCUACCGAACAAAUUAACCCCAAAAAUAUAGCAGAGCCUUUGUUAAAUCAACAGCAACAGCAGCAGCAGCAACAACAACAACAACAAUCAACUUUUAUGGCUACUUUGAAUCAACAAAUGCAUCAAAGUCCUUUGGAUGAUUUAUCAAAGCCGUAUAAUCCAUCUAAAUCAACGGAUCCCACUUCGCAUCUCUGCGAACGCAAUGAUAUAUUCCUAUCCGACAAGAAUUGGGCCGGUGUUACAAAAUUAUCUGAUCCAAAAGACACCAUUAGUUCUGUGGCAGAAAAACUAGAAUCAGAUGAAAAUGCUGGAUUUGGUGACAUUUUGGGUGGCUUUGGCGAGGGUGACGACGACGAUAUAUUGAAAUCACUAACAGCCGAAAUAGGUGAUGAUUUCAAUAUUCUUGAAUAUGCUGAUCCUGAACUGGACGAGAUCAAUGGCAGUCAAAAUCUGCUAAAUAAAUUAGAUUACGAGUAGUAUACUACAAUAUUACAAGAGCAGCGCCUUAUGUUUUUAAUAAUGAAAACAGCCUUAAUUAACAUUUGCUAAAAAAACAUGUAAUAUAAAUAAAUUUUAAGUGAAAAAGA